CCCCAUUCUUCAUCACCAGCCGAUCCCAACGAGCACGCGUCACAUCGGUCCCCUACCAAUUAAGCGCGGCCUUCGCUCUGAUUAUAUUAAAAGAACCGAACAUUUUAAUACUCCACAAGAAUCAAACAUUCAUCCAUAGCUAUCGGACACCGACGUUGCAUUCAUAUUGCAGUUGAAACACGUCAUCAAACUAUUUUAUAACUUUUUUCGCCGUUGUCGAGUAUUGUUCAGAUUAAAUUUUCACCAGUUUUCCAGAGCAUCCAAACAGCUGUUGACACUUGAAGAUACUGUCGGUUCCCUUCGAAGACAAUCCAAGUCAAUCAGUCCGAGAUCGCGUAGGUGUUCGAGGUCGUCAGGUAGACUACCUUCCAAGAUCAACGUUAUCAAUCCACUCGUGAUCGUGCAGGCAUUCGUGGUCGAGGUCGACAUUCAUCCUCCUCCUCCUCAUCAUCAUCAUCAUGUCACUAAGAAGAAGAGAAUCGCUCAGAGGGGAACAGAAACGCCUUGUCAACAUGACUCACGCCAAGAGCUUUGAUGCAGCGGAUCGUUAUUCCUUGCUGAGAAGAAUGUCAUCUUCCGAUGUCUUGACGAACACACCGAUGAUAUUCUCAAUUAAGAAUGAAUUGGGCAAUCUAGCAAAGGUUCUUAAACUGUUUAAGGAAAAUGACAUCCGGGUACUUCAUAUUGAGUCGAGGAAAGCUCAUGGAAAGGGCUCAGAACUGGAGAUAUUCGUUGAUUGUGAGGGCAAGAAGAAGAUGUUGAAAAACGUCAUGGCUUUUAUGAAGGACGCCAUGUUGUUGACAGAGGUCAUGACCCCGCCUUCUAACACUUCGACCAAUAAGAAGGAGACUGACAAUAAUGCAGAAUGGAAGAACAAAGUGCCUGAUUUUCCUCGUAAAAUCUCAGACCUGGAUAAAAGCGCCAACAGGGUAUUAACAUACGGGGCAGAACUGGAUGCAGAUCACCCGGGAUUCAAAGACAACGAAUAUAGACAACGGCGGAAAGUCUUCGCCGAUAUUGCUUACAAAUACAAACACGGUGAGCUCAUUCCACGCGUUGAAUAUACAGAUGAGGAAACAAAAACAUGGGGUGUGGUCUUUUCGGAACUGAACAGAUUGUAUCCUACGCAUGCGUGUGAAGAGUACAUGAACAAUUUCAAUAUCUUGAAAAGAGAUGGAGUAUACAGAGAGGACAAAAUACCACAGUUGGAGGAUGUAUCCAGAUUUCUCAAAGAACAAACAGGCUUCCAGAUAAGACCGGUUGCCGGAUACCUAUCCUCCCGAGAUUUCCUUGCCGGUUUAGCGUUCCGGUUAUUCCAUUGCACACAGUAUGUCCGGCAUUCUUCGUGUCCGUUCUACACUCCGGAACCGGAUUGCUGCCACGACUUACUCGGUCAUGUUCCUUUGCUGGCGGACAAAAGUUUUGCUCAAUUUUCACAUGAGAUUGGAUUGGCGUCUUUAGGGGCAUCAGAUGAGGACAUCAAUAAACUCACAACGUGUUAUUUCUUCACCGUGGAGUUUGGGCUAUGUAAACAAGACGGUCAGACCAGAGCUUAUGGGGCGGGACUCUUGUCAUCUAUCGGUGAACUCAAGCAUGCAUUGUCAGCGGACGCGAAGGUACUGCCCUUUCAUCCGGAUGUGACAUCAAAGCAUGAAUGUUUGAUCACGACUUACCAGGAAGCCUAUUUCAUCUCCAAGAGCUUUGAAGAAGCCAAACAACAAAUGAGGGAAUUUGCUGCAACCAUCAAGCGUCCGUUCGAGGUACGCUAUGACCCCUACACAUCGAGUGUAGAAGUCCUCAAGUCGCCACGUGAUGUAUGUGACGUCAUCAAUACUGUGAGAGAUGAACUGACGAUCCUCAUGCAAGUCUUGGUCAAACUGCAAUCGAAAUUCGAUAGUUGAACAAAUUUUAUUUGUCGAUCAAAAUAUUAAAUAAAAAUAACAAGGUUGAAAAUCCAUUGGAUAGCACUUGCUCUGCGUGUGUGGGGUGUGUAUGUGAGUGUUGUAGGGGAAGGGUGGAGACCCCACCCCUAUUUCAUAAACAAAAGUGUACGACCCUAUUAAUGUACAAAAUUAUUAAUAUUAAUACAUUUAAACAAUUUUUAAGAAAGUAACUUGUCGUCAAAUUUAAUUAAACUCUAGGCCUAAAUUGAACACCGUUGAAUGUCCCUUUUAUGAGGGCGUAUUAUUGUUUUUUUUAUCUGACAGUGUUUUAGAUGGGAGAAACUAUAGCAAAAUCUUUUACAGAAUCGAAUAUUUUUUUGUGAAUAUUCUUUAUUUAUUUCGAUACUUAAACUCCUGAUAAAUUUGUCAUUAUAAUUGAGCUGUAUUUAUCCGUUGGGGUAUAUCAGACAGAAAAUUUGUAUUAGACCAGUGUGUUAGAGAUUGUGGUCUUAAUUUGCUCAUUAAUCAGUUAAUCAUCACAAUCAUGAGUUGAAUGUAAGUGAUUUUUUUUAAUCCAGUUGGAAAGCAAGCCGAGAAUGGAAAUGGUACAGCGGUAGCAGAAAGAGUUGCAAUCAAUCGCAACUCUAAAAAUCAUGCGCAACUUGAUUUUCAACCAAUCAACAGCGCGCGUUUUGGACUUGCGAUUGAUUUGUUUGGCUUGCGUUUAAACGCAACUCUUUCUGCAACGGGCACCUUACAAAGAGUUACGAUUGAUCCAAUCAAUCGUAACUCUAUGGAAAUCCAUCAGUGUCAUAAUUUUUUUUUCUACAGGAAAAUUUGCAAAAUGUCAAAGAGAAUCACAGUGAAUUUUCAAGACAACGAUAAAUGCAUGAAUAUACAUCAUAGCUAGAACAUAUUUUGAACAAACAUGCAUAAUAGAUGUUGACAUUGCUGGCAGACGAUCUACAGGUGACGUCAUUUUUUUUAAAAUUGAUUAAUGAGUAUUAUAUAAUAAUUAUACGGCCCAGUCUUUUCCUUCCUUAUCUUUUUCCCUUUCUCCCUCUUUUUAUGGCCCCAUAGGGGGUGUCGCCCCUGCCCCCUUCCAUGGCACCGCCCCUGAAAUGACAAUGGACCGUAUAUCACUGUAAUUUCUGAUGCACCGUAUGUUUAUGUUGAGGGAUAGACGUCUCUCGCUGAUUGAAUUUUAUUUUCGUAUAAAAAUGAGUUUAAAUUGUAAUCGUAAUAUACAGUACAUGAUUGAUAAUACUGCGUGAUAAGAAAUAGAUAAUUAAAUUCAUUACGAUAAUGAGGAAUAAUUAUAAGUUUAUAAUAAUUAUGAUAAGAUCAUGAUAAAUAUUUAUGAUUAAUGCAUUAUAACUGUAGUGCGGUAAAAGAAAGUAAUUUAUUAAAUUGUUUGAUGCCGAAUAAACGAGAGAAAACAAUGG